AUGCGAAAAUCCAGCUCAGGCCGGCAUCGAGCCGGCUCAGAAGCAUCUGCCAGGCCCGAGCGACCGAGGAAUGACGACCAAGACUCUCCGAAGGGGCGUUCCGCUGCAGAUGCGAUGACCACUCCAUCUUCGCGCCGCAAAUCCAGCCGUCGCGACAACUACGAAGAGACUGAUAUCACUUAUGCGACAACGAUCACCGAAGAACCCUCACAAAUAUCUGAUCGAUACCGAAAUGAUUUACGAAAAGAUUCCGAACCCAGUGACACGCGGAAACGGUCAAGUAGGACCGAUAAAAGGACGAAAUAUGAGAAGAGUCGGGGGAACGAGGAAGACAACGAUUCACGGAGGCCGAGGAAGGAAGAUAGCCCUCGUGACUCUCGCAAGUCCAGCAAGUCAAGUGGAAAGGAGAGCGCCCGCGUCUACCAGAACAAUAGCGCUUCUCUACCUGAAAAUCAGUUCCCUGGAGAGGUCCCGUCUACUUAUUCUCAGCCAUACCGGCCACCUGGUCUAGCCGCAGAGUACUAUGGCGACAACGGAGAAUCAGUGGCCUUCCAGCCCGGCGUACGCCCCAAUGCCCCAAAUAUUGUCACCAGCGCAGAGCAGGCCCAUCUUCUGGAGCCGACCAUCGAAGCCAAACCUCCUCCUGAGCCAAGCAGUAUGGGUCAAGUCGGCGCUGCUGCUAGCUAUUUCGAUAAUGCCAGUUAUGAUGGUGAUGUGGGAUCGCAGACGACCCCUUCAAAGCCUCCUCAGAAGCUGAACUUGGGAUCCAAUAAGCCUUCCAAGCAUAGCUACUACGGGGUGAGCCCCAGAACCAGCCCCGUCCCUCAAGGGAAUCAUGCACCAUUCGGACACGCUCCUGGCACGAUUGGCUCCUUCCCAGCCUCGGGGACUGCUGCCAUGGGCCUGGCCGCCGAGUAUUACGCCGGUGGAGGUGCAGGUGGAGCUGGAGGUGGAGGUUCAUCGUCCAGUGCAUAUCAAACGCCCAACAGACCUUCAUUGGGUGCGCAAAUGGCGUCAACCCCAUAUUCUGCCCCUGCUGGAAUUGGUGGCUCACACCAGUAUUCAAACGCAGCUUUGUAUGGCGGCGCCGCGGCGCUUGCUGGAGCAGCAGCUGGUGCUUACGUCUCUGGCCACCAUCACCAUCCACCCUCAUCCGGCCAGCAUCAAGACUCAACAAACGCUGCCGGAUUGGCCCACGGCUACCCUGCAUCACAGGGAACCCAAAUGCAUCAUGCUCACCGACAUAAACAUCAGGGGCUUUUUGGAAGGUUCAUCGAUUGGUGGCGAGACCCCGAAGCAGUAGCGCGAUUCGAGGAAUACACCGAGACAAUUGGGGUUUGUAAAUAUUGCUUCGAUCCCAUGAGCUCACCCGCCGAUGCCCCCCGCAGACAUGACUAUCGCCGGAGGAGGCCGUCCCCUGGGAGCCGGCAUGGGAGUACGACACGGGUAGACAAGAUGUAUAGAUACAGCUCGGAUGAAAAUCUUCGGAAACACUCCUCGGUCAAGAAGAAGAUGGUAGUAGGGGGCUUAGCCGGGUAUGGGGCGGCGAAACUCGGGGAAGCAAUGGUCAAACAGAAACACGACUUCGAUGACACGUAUCCUGUGAGAGCCGGGCGCCCUGCGGACCAGAGCCGUGUCAGUUUUCAAGAAGAGCACCAGCUUCGACGAUACGAUGACGAGAAAUUUGAAAGACCGCAUAGCCGUCAAGGGGCGGGGAGAAGGAAAACAUCUUUGGCCCAAAGAGGACACCGAGCCCGUCGAUCGAGUUCAUCGUCCUCGAGCUCACGUUCUCACGCGAUGUCUCGUGGCGCAGCAUUGAGCGCUGGAGUAGGCGCAGCUGGGGUUGCCCUUGGAUCUGCAGCUCUCGGUGCAGAACACCGGCGUCGAAGUAAAAGCAGGAGUCGAUCACCAAGUUCGAGGAGGAAAUACUUUUCCAAACGAGUAUCUCCAAUGCAUUCAUAUGUCGACCUCUCGACGACCAACCAAGGGACAGGUGGACUGAUGAGCUUCUUCACCAGCCCAUCGGCUAACUCAAGGAAGGGCAAGAAGCCGAAAGGCCUCUUCAAUUUCUCAAAUGCCUCGAGUUCCUCAUCCGACGCAGAUCUACGAUUUGGCGAGGGGACCGUUCGCAGAACGAUAUCCCAGAAGCGACUCCGAGAAAGAGAGAGGCAGGGCAAGCAGCAUCGGAACAACCCCGUGGCUGCGAUGGAAGACCUGGUUAUCACGGGUACUGCCCUUGCUGGCGAAGCUAAUCGACGAGAGCAAAAAGGUAGGCGAAAACAGGAAGCUGAUAAGUAUACAGGUCCAGCCGGCAGGCAUGCAGACGGACGUCGAAUCUCCAUGGCCGAUCACGAAACUUCAGGCGGACAGGACGAUGAAUGGUAUGACACAGAUGGCGGAGGCGACUCCGAAAGCAGUGUGGAUACAGCAAUGGCAUACGGUGGAGGGUUCUCUGCUUCCCAGAGCCGAGAGCAUCUCACUCAAGGCGGCCAACCAUCAGUAUCGGGCUACAACUUCAGGGAAGAUGAUCAGAGACAAUACCAGAAUAGUUUGGGACGAGCAAACCUCGGGCAUGCGCCAUCCUUUCCCAUCUCCUCAGUCGAAACGGCGGCCCUGGCGAGUGCGGGAGGCGCCCUGGGUGGCUGGAUGGCUUCGAAUGCACUCUCGCAGGAAUCUAAUCCGCCACCAACUUACAGUCCGCUAGAUCCGAUGCGUAAAUUAGAACCUCGGCCGAUAUCAGAUCCACCGUCCAAGGCUACCUCUCCGCAGACUACCAGAGUAUCGUCAACGUCCGUGCCCCUAUACCAGCCUCAACCAAUGGUCCCUGUCGCACCUUUCAUCGACAACAAUAUCUCAGAAGGCACCCAGUCCGAGAGACAGACACGAUGGAAAGGCCAGAGAGCGUCGAGCCCUGUCGCAGGAGAUUCAAUUCCAGCCAAGUUGCCUUCCCAAGGGACCAAAAGCAGCGUUAAUUUCAACCUGACCGACGAGCAGCGCGAGAAGGAAGAACGCGCCAAUGGUAGGGACAGAAGGGGAAGAGGUAGUAUCGGCGACAACGAUCCAAGAAGGCUAGCCGAUGCUACUGUUUCCCUGGAGUCCACCCAAAAGCCACCUGAGCCCCUGCGCGACCAGACUGCACCAAGGCCAAAACGCUCGUCUGACGCAGAUGGAAGCUCUUUCGACGCUGACAAACGAGUGGCUGAAAUUGACCGUGAAUUGGAGAGGCUCUAUCAGGAACACCAAAAGGCUGAAGAACGAAAGCGGAAAGAGUCGAGUCAAAAGAGAGCCGUCGAAGGUGCUGUUGCCGGCGCGGCUGCAGCUGUGGCCGUGGACUCUAUCGCCAGUAAAGAUAACAAGAGUAGGUCACGCGAAGAGGCAACUCCCACCCGAAAGUCCAGCUUAAAGAAAUCGAGAGAGAAGGAUCCCUCUUCGUCACCCGAGACGCAGCAGGAAAGAAUUGCCAGAAUGGCAGCUCAACGAGUCCGUUCAACGCCAUCACCGGUCCAACAUAACGAUUAUAGUGCAUUCUUCGUUCCCACAGAAAUCAGAGAACAUCUCCAAGAACACAACGACAAGGCUGAGCAUCGAGACGACUUUGGAGCAACUUUAGUAGAGAUCAUUCCCGGAGCGCCCAAGCCUAGGAGCUCACAUCCCUUCGACCCCUUCACCUAUCGACAAUUUGGCCUCGAAUUGGAUGACGAUCCUUUGUUACACCCUUGGCCUGUUCCAAUUCUUGGAUUGAUUGAGCCCACACCGCCUGGUAGCCAGGUCCACAGUGUUGCAGGGGACGAAACGCCCAUCAUUGAGCCCAAAUCGAAAGAGCCAUCCGAGGAUAUCGGCGAACCACUUGAGCGGAGGGAAUCCAAAGUUACGUGGGGCGAUCACGACACUUAUGUCUACGAGGUGGUGACACCGGAAUAUGAGCGCCCUGAUUACGGACCUGAUUCAGGCUUUCAAGGCCAGCAGAAUGCAGAUAUUCCAACUCCGGAUGAAGUUACUGAAGAGGCGAUUUCAAACACCGAAGAAACCCAGCAGCGGCCUGGGGUAGGUCGGGCAUGGACUCUAGAUGAGAAGGAAGCAGAGAAACUUGAGAAGGAAGUGCCCGUCGUCGAUGAUAGACCCCAAAUAAGCCGUGCCUGGACGAUCAAUGAUACAGAAGCCGAGGAAAUCGCCCAGGAGCUUCCGGAACGUCAGCCCGCGGAGGAUCCUCUGGGGAUCGUUCACCACGGUGUUGAAGAAGAAUCUAACCCUCAGGAAGCCAAGUCGGCUUCUCUCAAUGGUGGGCCUGAAGGGCGGCGAGGAGGCUCAUUACCAGCAGAGACGGCUGAAAGUAACCCACAGAAAGCAUUUUAUCAAAGCCCUUUUGCUGAAACAGUGAGCGAUCUGGGUCUCAUAGGGAGUUAUCCCACCACAGUCCCACCCGAGGCUAAGUCGAGGACUGUUCUCGCCUUGGAAGAUGGUGGCGAGCGAAGCGGAAACGACCUACGUGAGAAGGAUAACACAUCUAGCACUGUUAGACCGAGCAAGAGUGACCGACGCCGUCGAGAGCGUUCCCGCUCUUCUGUGGAUGCGUCUCUACCGUCUCCAGCACAACAAGUCCCUUCUGAGCUCGUGGAAGACACAACUCCGAGACAACUAUUACGUACCACUGACGGUGACCGUAAUCUCGAGAAAACGAGCGGUGCAACCGAUUUUCCUGCCUUGGGCCUAGGAUUAGGCACAUCUGUCUUUUUCACAGCAGACCAGGUGGUGAAGGACAACGCUCGAAAUGACGACACUGGAUUAGCGAGCGGAGGCCAAUACGAGUCCUCGAGAUCCGAGGUGUUGCCUACGAACAGUGACCCAAAGUCGCAGGGUCGGCGCUCAGGUGUAAACGGAGAAUACCACUCAGAUCCUGAGGAAUGGGAACGUUUACGGGAGAAGCCGAAGAGGUCGAAGACUGGCUCCAAAAGCGAUGUUGGUGAGAAGACACCAAGAAAUUCUAAGAACAGACGAACGGCUGAGAGCACAGACUUCGAACCGCUUCGGAGAUCCCGCACCGAUGACGAUCUCUACGGAAAUGAAAGGUCUCGACGAAGCUCAAGGCACAGCAAUGGAGAUCUUGGUGAAGAGUCAAUCAAGGGUGGCAGCAACAAGGGUGAGGAGAGAACAUCACGGGAAAGGCACCGUAAACCUUCAGACGGAUAUUAUGAGGGUGACAACCGGUCUGUCGCGAGUAGCGCGCCGGACUCAAGAACGAAGAAGGAAUCUGGUGGCUUUUUCAGCAACCUUUUCUCCAGCAACAAGAGCGAUGUCAGUACAUCUAGCAAGAAGAGCUCAAAAUCGUCUAAGUCAGACAGUCGAGCAAAUCGAGAGCGGUAUGACGAAAAGGAGUCUCGAAGGAAGCGCAGGUCUAAGGACAAAGCCGAGUUUGAUGACACCGCGUCUGCAGUCUCAGAACCAUCCAGAAGGGAUCGACGCAGCCCAGAUCGUCAAACCGUGCAUAUUGACCCGAAAGAGGCUUCCAAUGAUCAAACUGUCGACGACGGAUUCGUUUCUGCUGAGGAAAUCGCUGGAACGCCGAUUAAGGACAACGCAGACCAGCAGUCUUUUUUAGGGAGUCGCCCCGAAAUGCCACAGCCAAUGGACACGGAUAUGCCAAUGGGUACUGAUGGUGUCUCGGGGCCAAGGUCCGAGAGAGAGACAUCUUCACCGCCCGGUAUUACUAAUAGUAUCCAGACCGAAGCAGCCAUCAUUCCCACAGAUGGCAAGCAUAUCGCGGCACCACUUGCGGCUUUGAUGGCAGGAGAUCAUUCCGAGACUCUGCCCGACGGACCUGCGCCUGGGGUUGUCGAGGAGGUGCAGAGUCCUGAGGAAGGUUCUCCAGCCCCAAUCUCCCAGUCCGCUGCGUCUCGACGUCUGUCUGCUAUUCGGACAGGUGAUAUCCCUUCUGGUCCAAUGGCGGCUAGUUCUCCAACCGCUGUACCCCUGCAUUUUCGACGGCCUCCUCUAUCGCCAACCAAUCCACGCUUCUCCAUGAGCUCGCCAGUCAUGUCCCCAAGUUCGCCGCUGACUACUCCUCGAACUCGUCAAGGAAGGCCCAAGUCGACGGAAUUCCGUUCCAGCAAAGAGUUUCGGCCGCUGUAUCUUGUGGAGCGACAAAACUAUGCGAAAACAGUGACAACCGAACUUGCUGAGGAAUACCCAUCGUUGCCAUCCAGCAAAACCAGCUCGGCACAUCCGUCUAUGGAAGAUCUUCGAGCUGAAGCUCAUCUUCAAGACCAGGCUGAGUCUUUCACUCCGUCACGCAUCAGUGCCGAAAUUUUCCGUGAGCGUGGCAGACGACACAGCUCCUCAUAUUGGAAUGACGUCGAGGAAAGACGAGAAUCCCCAGACUAUCUGGAUUCUCGAUCAGCGACGCCAGUACCCGGCGAAGCACAAAGGGCUCGUGACCAGGAGAAGAAGUCCAAACCUAAAUACGAAUUCCAUUCACCAAGCGAGUUGCUGCAGGAUCCACACCUUUUCCAUGGCGAGGCCCAAGUAGACGAGCAAUUUGGGCCUCAUAGUCCUCUUCCCAGCGUCGCAAGUACGGAUGCUGACCAGGACUAUAUGAGUGCACGAAGCAGAAGUCUAUCUCCGACAGGGACGCGAAGUCGUAGUAGGAGUAGAAGGAGUACUUCGACCCCGAGAACAACAUCAGCUGCUUGGCAAGACGGAAUCCCUAGCGCUGCCGCUGGUGCUGUCGUCGGCUCUGCCUUGGCAGUUGCUGCCCACCGUGCGCUUAAAGACUCACAGGAAAAUAUGCCGGAGGGAGAAGCGGAGACGCCCAUGAAGGCUCGACCUUAUGCAGAGGAGCUAAAUGAUGUUGCGCCAGCAGCUGAACCAAAAGCAGUGAAUGUGGCUAGACGUCGGGAUGAGACGGCCUCGCAACCACCAACUGGGCAUGAAUCAGUUCAAGCAACUAUUGAUAUGCAUCAGAACACAAACUCGCAUAUCCCCACCAAAGCAACACUUGGUAGUGACGCUUGGCGAGACGUCUUCGCAGAAAUUCACAGGCGCAGGCUUGACCCUGAUAUUCUGGUGGAUGCCAGUACCGCAGCUAACACCGAGGAGCUGAGGACCGAGAGCUUGCAGCAAUCAGCCGUUAACGAACUCGUAUCUCCAUCGAACAUUGAAAGCAUGGUUCCGGUGCAGUCAGUUGAUGGUCUCCUAUCAAAUCCCAGUGAAGUUGUGGGGAGAAGCAUAGUCGGGCCUGAAAAGGUAGAAACGCUUGAAGAGGAAUCUGGACUGGCCAACAAGGCGACUUUGCCUGCGCUAUCUUCAGCAGCUGAGCCUUCUGAUCCAGUUCCAGGUCUCGAGGAGCAAGCCGAACCCGUUCAAGACUCUCAGCAGGGUCUCGAGCUGCAGAUGGAAAGCGUCAAGGAGGCAACGGGACCUAGCGACGAAUUGAAGAGGUCACAGCAUACGGAAGACAAGGAUAAGGAGGAUGCCCGAUUGACCUCCGAUGAAGCCUCCCCACCGAUGUUGCAAUCUAACAAAGAGCACACCGGUGUUCUACCUCAGCAUACAGAGCCGGAAGAUGGGUUUGCGUCGGGCAUUCAGGGUGUCGAAGAUGUUGCCUCUGGGAAUGAUGAGCCCUUCGAAGACGCAACAGACAUGCAGCCGACAGAAGCUACUCCAGCCCUAGAGUUUGAGACACCUUCGCAGCCAGAACCCGCACAUUCUGUCGACGUCGACGAGCAAAUCGUAGCGGCUGGCGAUGCAGCGCCAGAGCCAUCUCUUGCAGAGGAUGAAUUAUCAAUUACAGCGCAACUAAGCCAGGAUCCUCUAGAAGAGGCAUUCAAACAAGCCAUGGAAGCUCGAGGAUUGACUGCAGGUGCGACCGUCGAGGCAGCCUAUCAAGCAUUUCAACCGGAGAUUCCCGACGUUGGAGGGACCCAAUUGUCCACCAUCCGAGAGGAAGGCGAGGCCUCCAGCCCUUCUGGCGAGCAAAUCUCGGGAUCAAUUGACAGGGAAGGGGUCAUCGGUCGUUCCAAGAAAGAGAAACGAAAACAGAAGAGGGCAAAGAAGGCGUCAACAUUGGAUGAUCCAGUGGAACCGGACUCUACACCUGUGGAAACCGAUAGCAGCUUACAGCCUGCAAUGGAGGAACGACAAGACGUCGAGCCGGUCGAGCCGGUAGGGCCGAUUUUGUCUGAGGAGGUCACAAAAGAGCCAACACCAAUUGGGGAGGCUCCAAAUCCAUUUGGUAAUGAUUUCGAAAUCAAUCGCGACGAGCCGGAUAUGCCAUCGAUGUCCCAAGACGAUCGUAGUGUUCUAACCUCCAAGAAAUUCAGGAAGGGCAAGGAGGAAAAAAAGAAGCAGUCUCAGCUCUUCAACUGGAAUGAGACUGAAAUGAGUGUUGAUCAGACCGAACCUGGUGAGGCUGCCCAGGCUGCCGAGCUAGAACUUCAGCAACCGCUCACCGCAACAGGCUUCUCGAAUGAGCGGGAGCUGCCGGCCCUAGAAGGGCAUGCCGCACCAGAGAUAUCUGUUGGCUCUGCGGACACAGCCCAACAGGAGUCUGAUUAUGCCACAGAGAUAAGCUCAAAGUCGGGCAAGAAGAAAAAGUCUAAGAAGAAAAAGGGUCUUCCCAUAACGAUCGAAGAUAUCACCGGACAAGUAUUCGAAGAGUCAUCCGCUGUCGAAGUGCCUCGGGCGGCACCCGAGUCAUUUGCACCACAAGCGGAUGAUGUGACCUCUGCGGUAGCGUCGAUUGAUUCUUCUGGCCCCAUUUCUGGCCCAGAAGUCGCCAAAGACCAAGCACCGCGAAUUUCCGAUGCCAAGGAUACGCAACUCGAUGCCUCUAUGCAGAAAGAAGAGUCUGGAAAGGGCCAGACGUUGGAUGCCCACACUGCCGUAGACUCGGUUGAAACUGAAGUUCCACUCGCAAAGCAACAGCUUCCUGAAGACAGUGGCCAAACGCCCGUGGAGGCAUUAGAGGCUGCAGGGACUCUAGUGCCAAAGGAUGCCACCGCGCCGGUAAAUGCUGUCGGUCCUGAGGCUGAGACGAAACAAGAGAUGAGAGCGCUAGACUCAUCCGUCGUGUCAAGAUCGGAGGCGAGCGUAGCACAAGAUGAAGGAGUUGCAAAACACCUGGAGCUUGAGUUCGAAGCCACCUCUGCUGUCGGUGAUGGCGAGCGAGUCCAAGACAAACAGGAUAUUUCUGCGCCAACACCACCAGCAGUUGCUGAAGAUGACCGUAUGGAAGAACGUCCCGCAACCUCAACCCACGACGAAAGCCUGGCAAAUGCCCAACCACCUACCGAUGAGACUCCUCCUGGAGAUCCAAUAACACCCCAGGACGACGACACCUGGGCUUUCGGUACGAAAAGAUCGAAAAAAGAAAAGAAAAAGAAGCGAAUGUCUACUUCAGAUGAAAUCCAAAAAGCGAUGUCUGCUCGGGAGGCCCCUUCACCAGAUGAAAGUGGGGCGAAGGAAGUGUUCUCCGAAGCUAACCGGGACACGAAGGACACAGAAGACGUGCCAACUGCUCCGGAACUCUCUGGAGCUCUAGCUCGAGAAGACCCAAGCCUCGUCGAAGAAGAGCCCCGCCAAAAUGAGGAUGUAUUCCCCAUUACGACAAAAAAGUUGAAGAAGGAUAAGAAAAAGAAACGUGCCAGCGCUUUCGAAGGCAGCGAAAUGCCUUCAUCUGUGCAAGACGGAGAGAUCGCAGAUAUUAUCACAAACUCCAGUGUCCCAGAGGAUGGUUCGAUGGCAGAAGAACUAACAACACAACGGCUUGCCGAGGUUCAGCCCGAGGCUAAACCAGCUUUCAGUGGAGAAGGGUCUCAAGACGUUGGUGAAAUAUCCAGCUCCAAGAAGAAAUCAAAGAAGUCCAAGGCCAAAAAGCAGCGUCAGCCCUUGCUUGAUGAUGUAGCUGGGUCAGCCGACGACGUUGGAGCCGAGAACGAGAAACAGUUCCAGUCAAUCAUGCCCACCACAUCUGCGGCCCACAUCGAAGGCGCAGAUACAGUUACGCCGUGGGACGAAAGGACUGGAGAGGCUAAGGAUCUGUGGCCUGCAGAAGGCAAAGUCAGUCCUAAUGUUGAAGAUCUGAACUUAGCCGCUGCCCAGCAGCAACCAAUGACAGUCUUAACGUCAGAAGUUGCGGACAACACCGAUGCUGCUCCGGAACCAUCAGACUCCAGCAUUGAACACCAUGCCGGUUCACGAGCAUCGCUUGAUUUUCCCGAAGAAAGGCCUCCUGCCCCAGAGUCUGGCCUUGACAAGCUGUCCGACGAGGGAAUACGGUCUGUGAAGAUCAUGGAGGCUGAAGCCAACAUCCACGAUUCUUUCGCAUACGAUGCUGCUGCUACUGAGACAGCAAUUGCUGGAAACACCCGGACAACCAUUCCUGCUGAGUCCCCAGCGAUUGAAAAUUCCCCUUCAGAGAUAGCAGUCCUGGUACCUCCUGUCCAACCUACUGCUGAACUCGCUCCCGAGCCAACAACAGAUCCCGCCAAGGGAUCAGCUCUUGAACCUACCGCGGAACUUCCGCCUGAACCUACUACCGACCCAGCUACGGAACCUACUUCUGAGUCUGUUGUUGAAUAUCCUUCCGAGCCUGCUACUGAACCUGCCAUCGAGCAUACCGUCGAGCCUGCCAUCGAGCCUACUGUCGAGCCUACUGUCGAGCCUACUACUGAACCGAGCGAUGGGACUGCAAUUGAAGCUCCCGUCAAGACUUCAACCGAACUUACAGGGGUGUCACUCAGUGAAGCUAACAUUGAAACUCCAAUCGAGGCGGUCCCUCAUGCUACCGUUGAGCCAGCAGAUGGAGCUGGGGUUAAGGCUAGUAACGAGGCGGCUGUUGAACCUGCGUCCAGUCGCGAACUCCCGCCGGGUACUGAUGAAUUUGAACCCGUGACAGAGGAAGAUUUAAGCCUCUCAUCGAAGCGAUCCAAGAAGGAAAAGAAAAGCAAGAAAAGCAAACGCCAGUCAACUCUCAUGGCUGAAGCAACGCAGUCUAGUCCUCUGCCUAGUGAGAACCAAACGGUGACAGAUGAGCCAGAGCCAGAACUUGAUGAAUCCACGGGGGCCAAUAUCAACAAGUCUAUUUCCCCUCCGGGAGAUAGGCAAGGCGCUGCGGCUAUGACUGGAGAUAUUGAUGAGGAAAACAUGGCAUCAAUGUACGUGGUGGCAAAGAAAGACAAGAAAAAGAAGAAGCGGCAGUCAAACCAAGUUCCUGAAGCGCCUCAAUUAAAGACUCUAACAGAGUCUAGCGACAAAUCGAAUUUUGAAUCGGAAACUACGCCUGAAUCUAGGACAAUUGAGACGAGGACAGACGAAUCAGGUCCUGCUUCAGAACCAAUGACGUUAUCUGCUCCAGAGGCUGCUCGGCCCGAGGGUGAUGCAUUGACUGUGGAAGGAGAUUUCGAAAAUAUCGGUCAAGAGGACUUGGAAGCUGAUUGGCAAGAGGAGUUGACACCCAUGUCUACGAAGUCAAAGAGGGACAAGAAAAAGAAGAAGCGGCAAUCCAACAUCGAAUUUGCAACUCCUGAGGCGGCUUUUGAGAACUCGAGGGAAGAGGCCUCUCAGCCAACAACGGGCAAUAUGGCUGGACCUUUCACUAACGAUGGAACACAAACGCUGGAAACAGUUGAAGCCCUCGCUACGGAGAACGACCUUCCCACUCCUGGAGAUCAAGCUGAAGAAUGGUGGGCUCCUGCAGAUAAGAAAAGAAAGAACCGGAAAAAGGGCCAGAACUUCAAAUUGAAUGAGGCCAGUCUACCCCAGGAUAGCGAACCGGUUCGCCCGCAUGAAGGUCCAUAUAUCGAAAGCAGGAUCGACAACGGGAUCAGAGAACAGGAUGUAAAUCUUCCAGAAAAGGAACCGAUGUCUAAAGCUGUAACUCAGCAAGAUUCAGCUCCAGCGGGAGCAGGCGAAAUGGCUGCUGAUAAUCUAUCGCCAGAAGAGUCCACUUCAAUUCAACUAGAAGAGCUUGAUCAUCAACCAGAAGCAGCCGACAACGCAGAAGAGUCGGACAAAGUCCAAAAAGUCUCCAGGCAGGAUAAUACUGAUCUCGAAAAGCCUGUGGAGGGGAAGCUCGUCGCGGUAGAACCCGUCCAAAACGCGGCCCAACUUCUAGAUGAACGUGAUGUGCGGGCGGAACCACUUAACAGAACUCCAGAAGAAGAUCCGACUACAUCGGGGAUUGACGAGACAGCCUCAAUGGAUCCAGUUUUCGAGCAAGCUACUCUUUCCCGCAAGAAGCUGAAGAAGGGAAAGAAGAAAGCCAGUCAAUCGGCCUUCCAGAGCAACGAAGAACAAGAACCAGUCGAGACAGCCAUGGGAGAAGAUGAUUCUUCACUGGGCCCUCCGGAAGCCGUACAACCUGUUGCCGAGAAAGAGUGGCCGACUUUGAAAACGAAGAAUGGUGAAAGGAACAACCAGCAGCUUGCCUUGGAUGACAGCGGCGCUGAACUUGGCGCAAGUACACCAGAAGUUGAGUCUGUAAACGUGGAAGGCUUGGACAAAGCAACGACACAAGCCUUACCCGCAGUAUCUGAUGCGUUGGGAGCAAUACCCGACCAGGGGCCUCGAAUAGAUGAAUUCACCGUUAGCAAGAAAAAUGGCAAAAAGAAGAAGAAGCGACAGCCGACCUUUGCAGACGUUGAGGAGCUGCCGGUAUCAGUUGAAGCUUCAGCUAGUCCGACCCCAAUUACCAACAGUGAACACUCAGAGGAGAAACCUUCGUUCUCGGCAAUCGAAGGAGAGGUUGCCAGCGCGCCGCAAACAGAAGAUUUGGGCGAAGACCAUCGCUUCGAUUCUGCCGCUCUCAAUACCGAAUCUAAAACCAUUGGUGAUGCUGAACGACAGGACGAGGUCUCGAUGGAUGCUUUGCCCAUCCAAGAGCAUGCAGUCAUGGAGGGCCAAGAUUCUGUGGGAACAACAGCUGAGGAAGUCCAUAAGGUCGCACCCGCAGACAUUCAAGCGGGUGGCAUCGAAAAAUUUCAGUCAAAUAGGCACUCCGUUGCCGAUGUGCUCACCACAACGCUCUCAGGGGAGAAAAGAGCUGAUGUUGCCAGUGGUGGUCCCGACUCACUAGCAGCUUCUGGGGUUCGUGGAAUUCCUGUCCUUGCUGAAGAAGUCGAUGAAGCACCGAUGACAGCGGACACCGAUUGCGCACAUGUUAAAGAAUCGUCGACUCUCGUCGCUCCAGUGUCGAUAGAAAGUAGCCAAGCGCACAUCACAGAGGAGAAUCUGCCUGAGAUGCUAAUAGCAACGCCUGCCACGCACUCACAAUUCGACCAAUUAGCUGGCCCAGAUACAGCGAAGCCACUCCGGGUUGAGACACUGCAGUUCCACGAAGAACUUCCGCCCGAGUCCUCAACAGCACCUCCCGCCGGACGUGCGGAGGUCGAAGUUAUACCCACAACAGACGUGCGGAGCGGAACGACGAAGGUGAACAAGGGCAUCGAUGACAUACUAGAAGAAGACGACUCAUUUACGCGACCGAAGAAGAAGAAGACCAAGAAACAGUGGCAAUCCACCUAUGAAGAGCCUGUUUCUGAUCCCCAACAAUUCGAAGAUACGGAAGCUGAGGCCAUAGCGAAGGGAGCCGAAGCUGGACCCGUCUUCGAACCUGCAGCGAUCAAUCCUCCAAAACAAGUUCCAACUGCGGUACAAACGAAUGACACUGUCGCGAAGGAAGAAAUUGCUUCUUCGUCGGCAAAGGCAAAGAAGGACAAGAAAAGGAAGUCGAAGAUACUCCCAGUCGAGGACGAGGUAAAUGCACCUCAGUCCACAAUUCAAGAUGAUCUCGAACCAGUCGAAGUGGCGACACCAAGUGAGUUCCAGCCUGAAAAAGAAGCCGUUGCCAGAUCAAUCGACGCAACGAUUCUGGAGCUUGACCACGAACAUGAUGUUGCCAAGGAAGCUACGGAGGCAUUGACUGCAGAGCGUCUCACUACGGUCGAACCAACAGAGAACGUGUCCCAUGGAUCGCCAAGUAGAAUCCCAGAAGUCAUGCAGACUUCCCCAUCAGCUGCAGAUGAUACGGGCGUACCCGAAGAAACUUCCUUCAGCUCUGAAUUUAGACCUGAAAUGCCGGAAGGAACAAUCGAGAGCAAGCGUGAAGACGCUCCUACAGUGGAGGAGCCUGACGCUGUCUGGUCUGACCUUCCCAAAGCGAAAAAGUCCCAAAAGGAGAAGAGGAAGAGCAAAAGAAAAUCAGCUUUCGAAGAAGAAGCGAAGACGGAUGAUCUUGAUGGACCAAGAGCAGAGAAUGAAAUCGAUACACGGCGAGAUGACGUUCCUCCAAACUCUGUCAAAUCAUCACAAGCAGCUGAGGUGCAGCCCGAAUCUGAAUGGGGAUUCUCCAGCAAAAAGACCAAGAAGAAGAGUAAGAACAGUAAAGCCUUCACAGCUACUGGUGACUUCGGAACAUCAGGCACAGCAACGCCAUACUCUAAUGGCGAAUUCGCAUCCGCUGUACAAACACCAAUUCAACAGACAGGAUCACCAGAACCCAUGGAGGACGUCAAUGCAGAACAAACCUCGGUCCCCGCACCUGAAGCUGAGAGUGCCGAUUACUUUGCUCCAGCGCCAAGCAAGAAGAAGUCAAAAAAGGACAAGCAGAGGAAAUCAUUUCUUGCUUGGACAGGAAAUGAAGAUCAGACGGCCGAGGAUGCGUCCGGGACGUCGACACCGGCACCAUUUACCGAACCAGAAAUAUCAAGGACCGCUGAAAGUCUCGAAAUGGGUGCAGUCGCCGCCGAAUUGGAGAAAGACAACGCCAAAAGGAAGCCCGAAGUUCCGGAUUUGCCUCUGGAGUCACAUGAGACGAAGACUGGGGACAACUUGCAAUCAACUGUCUCGGUUGUUGACCAAGAAGCGCUGCAUCCUGAGGACUACACCAACAUUGCCGCAGACACUCACGGAUCAACAGUUUCAUCCGCUGAACGCGCACCUGGUCAGCGUGCUUUGGACAAAUUGCAUGAUUCAAUGUCUACACCGGAUCAACCUGCAUUUUCAUCUAUCAAAACAAGCGCUCAAGAUGAUACACUGCCACAUGAUAUGGAGCCUGAAGUUGCGCAACCCAUCAUCAGGAUCGGUCAUAGAUUGCUUGGAACGGCAACGGAUACUGCCGGGAUAGUAUCAGAUCCGUCUAAAGCCAAGAUUGGUGCCGAGUCAGAAAACGAUCAAGUGACUCCAUCAUUGAAAGAGCAUGGCAUGUUUCAGGCGCAAGACGAACACGCAGGGCUCAUCGCAGCUGACAGCGGGGUUCCAGAGGCGACCGAUCAUCAGCAAGGUGUAUUUGAGAACGACAAUAUCACGCCAGAGGGACCACCAACUGAUAUCAAAAUCAAUGAAGAGGAUGCUAUGGCGCCCGCUACAUCCGCAAUUCAUAAGGAUACAGAAGGCAAAAGAGGACUUGACGAAACUGAUUUUAGUACCAUCAAAGAUACUUCGAAGCGCAAGAAGAGCAAAAAGGGUAAGAAGGGGAAGACAAAAAGCGGAAUCUUCGAUGGGGCCGAGGAUAUCGAGCCGCAGACGGAGCUCGACCGAACGGAAAUUCGAGAGCCUGGAGUCGCUGAAGCUGUUCAUUUUGAGGGCAUGGAGAUUUCAGGAUCGCGAGAACAGCCCCCAGAGAAUGCCGACAAUUUGUCGGAUGUGAGUGAGACCACGCGUGACAGGCGAAAGAGAAGAAGAUCACCUCCGGCUUGGACAGGUGAAGAGCCUGAAGACCUCCCAAGAGAUCACGCCCUUACUCCACCACCUGAACAUGACGAUAUUAUGGACACCGCCCUGGGUGUCGCAGCAGGACUUGGCUUUGGUGCUGGAGAAACCGAGUCAACCAGAGAAUCGUCCCGAAAAGUGCCGUCGCCUGUUCGUCAACCGUCUGCCGGGUGGUCUUUUGCUAAGCUAGAUCCUAUUACAAAGCUUACCGAUGCGGACACGAACCGAGACAGCGGUGUCCAGUUCGAGUCGCCGACCCUAUCCUCUGGCGAUUUUACAUCUCAAAGGGACAGCGGCUAUGUCCCAAGUCCCACAAUUCAACACGGAGAAUUCAGGUCUACUAGAGACAGCAACGCAGAUAUGAAUCUACGUCCACCUCGACCUCAAUCCCCCACCAGCUCGACAGAAGAUGUAUCCGAGACCGUGGCCAGCAGAAAGCAUGUCGAUCAGUCGGCUAGUCUCGAGACGCCGAGAAGAAAGCCUUCGCCGGUGGAGUCCACUUCCAAGGACAGAUCCUCGGUCCUUUUCAAUUCUUCUCCCGCCAUACUAUCCCCGCUAAACACGGAUAUCCGAAGCAGAAGUCCUCAAGCUAUAUCAAGUCCCCUUCGGAGGAGCCCCAGCAUUCAUGGUCACCAUCACAGUCGGGAAGAGCUAAGACAACAAAAGGCCAAAAUUCCUCCACAUCACGAAGACAGUGACCAACUGGCUUCGAAUCUCAUUGAUCGGUCAGCUGCAGCACCAGUGGAUCGCUCGGCGUUUGACUCGCAUUGGCACACCAACAUCAAUCGCCCGUAUUCGCCAGGUAAGACGACACUGAAAGCCAUCAAUGAAGAUGCGCAUGAGCCUACUUCACAGGCGCAUCCAUUUUCUGAUCCGCCCGCACCUCUUACGCCUCGACAUUCAGCAGAGAACAACAGCCUUGCGGCAGCUGGCUUGGUGGCAGCCGCCGGAGCAGCGGCGUUUGCGGCGACCACAAUUGCUUCACGUGACUCGCCGGCUCCCGGCGCUAAAGCACUUGGCAGAAGCAAGUCCCGAACCUCAUCGUUGCGCAACCUGCGCAGCGCUUCAAUCUCACCGUACGACCCGGCCAAUUUCGCGUCGGAGUCAUCGCAGGGACCGGCAAAUGCCCAGAUCGCCGGCAAGGCUGCGGCUCGCGACAGGGAAAUGGCAGAAGUAUACGAUGGGUAUGGUUCAUACCCGGGCAGUCCCCGCUCCCCUACGCGACCUCCAAGUAUCCGACAACGACAGAGCAUGCAGCAGAUCAGAGAUCUUGAGGCAAAAGUGGACCAGCUCGCGAGUGAGAACCGCUCCUUGGCCGAAGCAAAAAUCGUCACGGAACAGCAACUGGAACAAGCUCAUUUUGAACGCAACCGAACUGAAAACUCUACGGUAGCUUUCAAUGCACAAAUCCAAGAACGGGAUGCGGAAAUCACGCGUCUCAAGCAAGAGGUGGCGUCUCUGAUCGCUACGCACGACUCGUUGAAGAAGGAACACGAACAGACCUUGAUCGGCCUCCGGCAAAACUAUGAUGAGGCGCAAUCGCAAUGGCAGGAUUCUUUGCAGGAAUUGGAAGCACUUCGAUCCAGGCACAACGAGCUGUCUACCGGCAUGGAAUCCAUUGUCAAGCAUGAAAUCGAUACAGCUCUUAGUGAGAAAAAUGCAGAGAUUCAACGACUCCAGGGAGAUCUAGAAGCGGCAAGAGAGAAGAUCAGAGAGUUACAAUCUCAGAUAUUGUCAAGGGGUGCGGACGAUGUGGUUGUCUUCCACGACGAAGACUACUUCGAUCAAGCGUGCCAGAAAUUAUGUCAACAAGUCCAAGGAUGGGUCCUACGAUUUUCCAAAUCCAGCGACCUUAAACUUUGUCGGACAACAAACGAGGUCCGGGACGAGAAAAUCGUGGACCGAUUCGACAAUGCAAUCUUAGAUGGUUCCGAUGUGGACGUCUACCUGGCGGACCGUGUCAAGCGACGUGAUGUCUUCAUGUCGGUGGUGAUGACUAUGAUCUGGGAGUAUGUCUUUACCAGAUACCUCUUUGGUAUGGACCGUGAUCAACGACAGAAACUGAAGCAGCUGGAGAAGAACCUCGGAGAAGUGAGAGCGCAGAGCGCGGUGCACCAAUGGAGGGCCCUCACGCUCACAUUGCUCUCCAAACGAGAAAGUUUCAAAGCGCACCGAGAAAGUGACACCGAAGCAGUGGCAAUUGAGAUCUUCUCCACACUGUCACGCUUCCUCCCUCCGCCGCAGCACCUAGAGGAGCAGAUUGUGGGAUCUCUGCGCAACGUGAUGCGCACGGCGGUCGAAUUAUCGAUUGAGAUGCGCACCCAACGAGCUGAAUACAUCAUGCUACCGCCAUUACAGCCCGAGUACGAUACCAAUGGCGAUCUGGCUCGGAAAGUGUAUUUCAAUGCAAGUUUGAUGAAUGAAAGAAGUGGCGAAACGACAAGCAAUGAGGAGUUGGAGCGUGAACGUGCGGUGGUUCGGAUGGUACUGUUCCCGCUUGUCGUCAAGAAAGGGGACGACAAUGGAGUGGGAGACGAGGAGAUUGUGGUAUGCCCUGCACAGGUCCUGAUCGCCAGACCGGACAAGCUGAAGAGGGUGAAGAGCUCGACACGGCACGCUAGCGGCGGCAGCGACGCUAAGAGCUUGCGGGCUGUGAGCACGCAUAGUCUUGCCAUGAGCGGCAUUGAGGGGAACGAGAACAUGUUCUGA